CGGCCCGCCCCCUCAGAACCUUACAUUUACAGUGUAGCAAAAGAGAAAGUAACUAUGUUGCUGCUGGAGAUCAAUGAAGCCUAGUGAAUGAGGGCUGAAUGUGCGAAUCCCUUGCUGAAGCGGAGCGCCAGAUGGUGGAGGGUUACACUUAUUUAUGAAACUGUCUUGAGUUCUUCUUGAAUUGCCAGUUUUCAGCCUCCUCAUGCCUCCGUCUCCUUUAGACGACAGGGUAGUGGUGGCACUGUCUAGGCCCGUUCGACCUCAGGAUCUCAACCUUUGUUUAGACUCUAGCUACCUUGGCUCUGCCGCCCCUGGCAGUACCAGCCACCCUCCUGUCAUCGCCACCACCGUUGUGUCCCUAAAGGCUGCGAAUCUGACGUAUAUGCCCUCAUCCAGCGGCUCUGCCCGCUCCCUGAAUUGUGGGUGCAGCAGUGCCAGCUGCUGCACUGUGGCAACCUACGACAAGGACAAUCAGGCCCCAACCCAGGCCAUUGCCGCUGGCACCACCACCACCGCCAUCGGAAGCUCUACCACCUGUCCUGCCAGCCAGAUGGUCAACAACAGUGAGAAUGCAGGCUCUCUAAGUCCAUCAGGUGGGGUGGGCAGCCCCGUGGCAGGGACCCCCAAACAGCUAGCCAGCAUCAAAAUAAUCUACCCCAAUGACUUGGCCAAGAAGAUGACCAAAUGCAGCAAGAGUCACCUGCCAAGCCAGGGCCCUGUCAUCAUUGACUGCCGGCCCUUCAUGGAGUACAACAAAAGUCACAUCCAAGGAGCUGUCCACAUUAACUGUGCCGAUAAGAUCAGCCGGCGGAGACUGCAGCAGGGCAAGAUCACUGUCUUAGACUUGAUUUCCUGUAGGGAAGGCAAGGACUCUUUCAAGAGGAUCUUUUCCAAAGAAAUUAUAGUUUACGAUGAGAAUACCAAUGAGCCGAGCCGAGUGGUACCCUCCCAGCCACUCCACAUAGUCCUCGAGUCUCUGAAGAGAGAAGGCAAAGAACCUCUGGUGUUGAAAGGUGGACUUAGCAGUUUUAAGCAGAACCAUGAAAACCUCUGUGAUAACUCCCUCCAGCUCCAAGAGUGCCGGGAGGUGGGGGGCGGCGCGUCUGCGGCCUCGAGCAUGCUACCUCAGUCCAUCCCCAGCACCCCCGACAUCGAGAACGCGGAGCUGACACCCAUCUUGCCCUUCCUGUUCCUUGGCAACGAGCAGGACGCUCAGGACCUGGACACGAUGCAGCGGCUGAACAUCGGCUACAUCAUCAACGUCACCACCCACCUGCCCCUCUACCACUACGAGAAAGGCCUGUUCAACUACAAGCGGCUGCCAGCCACCGACAGCAACAAGCAGAACCUGCGGCAGUACUUUGAAGAGGCUUUUGAGUUCAUCGAGGAAGCUCACCAGUGUGGGAAGGGGCUGCUCAUCCACUGCCAGGCGGGGGUGUCCCGCUCUGCCACCAUCGUCAUCGCCUACUUGAUGAAGCACACGCGGAUGACCAUGACUGAUGCUUAUAAAUUUGUCAAAGGCAAACGACCAAUUAUUUCCCCAAACCUUAACUUCAUGGGGCAGUUGCUGGAGUUUGAGGAAGACCUGAACAACGGUGUGACACCGCGAAUCCUUACACCAAAGCUGAUGGGUGUGGAGACAGUUGUGUGACCAUAGUCUGGCUGGAAAGGAUGACUGUUCUCCAUGAGGAGAUGAAGAGGAAGGAGUAUGGAUUCUUUCUUUUCUUUUUUUCUUUUUCUUCUUUUUUUAGAUGGGGGUAAAGUUUGUGAAUGGAAACAAACUUGUUUAAAAACUUUAUUUUUAACCAGUGUGAGAAGAAUUUAACUUUUGAUGCUGUUGAGAUUUACUUCCCACCAACUGACAAAGCAGGGAGUCUAAAGAAGUCAUUUUUUUAAGCCAACAAUAAAAAUAUCAUAAAACCUGUUUCUUCCCCUUUUCCUUUUAAGCUAUUUGUAGAGUUUACGAUUAACUAGUCUGUGCAGGUUCAUAGACCGAAGAUACUAUACUUUAAACCAA